CCUAUUUUAUUUGUUUUGAUUGAUUGAUUGUUUUUUCUUUUUAAAUAGUAUUUGGAAUAUUUAAUUUUUAUGAUUGAUUUUAUGUGCUUCUGCUUUUAGAACGAUCUAUAACAUAUUUAUUUUCUUUUUUAUUUUUUACUUAUAUUUAUUAACGCAGUUGCUCAAUUUAAAUAUUUUAACAAGUUAAAUUUUGACUAUUUGGGUUACUACUUCUAGGAGAAUAUAUUAUAUUUUAAGAUUUAGGUUCCUAAAGAUUCCAUGUUUCUGAAUUAUUUAUAUAAUUUUCAAUUUAAUUAGAAAAUACAGAAUUAUUUUAAUCUUUUUUUAUUUUUAUUUUUUAUUAUUUAAAUAAAAAUGAAAUGUACUCUAGGUUAUUAUAUUUUGCAUUGAAUUAGUUUCAAUUUGGGGAAAUUCUUAAAUUUAAUUAUUAUAAUCUAUACUUACUUUUUAACUAUUGGGAACGUUCUUCGAAAAUUAUGUAUUAGAUUGUGUACUCUUUAUUCU